UCGAGAGCGCGAGAGCGUCUUAAUGCAAAGGGAGAGAAGACUUUCUUUUUUUGUUUCUUUUUGUGUUUUUAAAUGUUCACUUCGUGUGUCACGACGCCGGAUACUCCAGUCCCUCUUCCAAACCUAGGGGCACGCUGGGACAUAGUGUGGUCAUGACGUAGCACCAGAGGAUGUUUUAAUGACGUCAUUUUCCUUUCACUUCAAGGAACAGCCCCCCUUCUCUCCUCCCACCAGCGCUACUGGGCACUCAAGAAAAGGUCGGCAGUGUACUUCUUACACAGCAUGUAAAGAUUAAAAAGGAUCGAUCAGCCCCGGCGCCCUCACUCACACUCACCGUUCACACACACACACACUCCUCUAUUUUCUCCCACACAUCAUUCUCACGUAAGAUUCAAGUGGACAAGAAGGGGAAAAAAAAAACAACAUAAAGGCUUCAGUUUGAGAAAUAUAAAAGAAAACACAAAUUCAGGACUUGGCCGUUUGGAUACUUUGAGGGCUGCACGUGAGUUUACUGGUUACGUCUGCUAACUAGACUGAAAGAUCGUUCAUCGUGUUUAGAGCUCCCUGCUGCACAAUAAGACGUCUGCUGGCAAAAAAAAGCGCUCAUUUAUCAACACAAAUCGUUUGCUUAAGAUAGUGAGUGCGCGCUUGCGUGUUUUAGUUCUAGAAAAUGGAUGUCACAUUCUUAGCUAUUACGCGCCAAAUGGAUUUACGUGCUCUGUGAUAGAAACAAGGAACUUUCUGUUGUGUAUUCAUAAGGUGCUAACUUCAAGUUCAAUUUGUGGGAAGUUUAUUGGGGUUCGGAUCAAUGAACACUCCCUACCAUACAUGUCUACGUCUUCCGUGACACGUGACGCUAUAAACAUCACCGUCUGCGCAAGCUUCUUACUUCUUGUUGUCAUGGUUACUCGAUCUGUUGGUGGGAAGGGAGGUAUGUGUCCAGGCGAUAGGUUUGGCCAACAGUGUCGCUUGACCUGUCACUGCGCCAACAAAGAGCUCUGCGAUGACAUUACAGGACAGUGUCCAGGGCCGUGUGCUGAAGGCUGGUCAGGACCUCAUUGCCAAAGACAGAAUGUGGCUCUAGGUCGAUCUACUGAUAUGAAGACUUCGGACUGGUCAAGAGGUGACUUCGCUGUGGACGGCAACCUCAGAACGUGUGUGACUUCGUCCAGCAACCGGACAGGGUGGUGGAGAGUGGACAUGCAAGACAAGAGAACAGUCUUUUUUAUGGAGAUACACUUUGCCAAUCAGACUGCUCGGCCAGGGAGAGUUCGUGUACACGUCAGCGAUUACGUCGACACAUUCUACGGCAAACCCUGCACUCGUAUACAGUCUGCGCAUAAAUUAUCAAAGUUCACGUGCGACCUGCCCUCUACCGGUAGAUACUUCGGCCUUAUAAACAAGGAAGGGCAAAUAACUCUUUGUGAAGUUUUAGUCUUCGUUUGUGCGCCUUUUACGUACGGUGUCGACUGCUCUCAAGAAUGCACAUGCGCAGAUCCUUCAGAACAGUGCAACCCUGUGACUGGCUCCUGUAUUUCCGGUUGUAAAGAUGGCUGGAUGGGCUCGGCAUGCAACAAACCGUGCGCAGGACGGUAUGGUCGAAACUGCCGCCAAGCCUGCGGCCACUGCUUCGGCAACCAGACUUGCGAUCAUGUGACCGGAAGCUGUCUGAAAGGCUGCGCGCCAGGCUGGAAAGGUCCACGUUGCAAACAAGACUGUGACCCAGGUAACUACGGAGUAGAAUGUAUCCACCAGUGCCACCAUUGCCUUGACAACGACACCUGUGAUCCGUCCAGCGGCGAAUGUCCGUGGCGCUGUGCGCCCGGAUGGCGAGGUCGCCGAUGUGAUUCUGAAUGUGAGCCUGGCUUCCAUGGUCAAAGUUGUGAGUUUCGUUGUGGACAUUGCCAUGGUAACUCCACUUGUGACGCAACUAAUGGACUGUGUCCAGUCGGAUGCAGCUCAGGCUACGAAGGUCUUUUCUGUACAAAAGAAUGUCUGCCAGGAAAGUGGGGUCCGAACUGUCAGUGGUUGUGUGGUCAGUGCCAGGCGUCAACAUGUGACAGAAUUACAGGUCACUGCGGCUCCGACGGCUGUCGUCCUGGGUGGUCAGGAGAUACAUGCUUAACUGGAUGCCGUCCUGGAACUUAUGGAAGCAGCUGUCUGCGAAAGUGUGGCGCCUGUGAUACCCCGUGCAACGCCACUGACGGACUCUGCCCCUCUGGCUGCCUGUCUGGUUGGGAAGGUCCGACUUGCACCUCUAAAUGCAGCAACAGAAGCUUCGGUCCAGGAUGUCAGUUGCCUUGUGGUCAAUGUGCCAACUCUGAACCCUGUCACCAUGUUACUGGGUAUUGCCUUCACGCCUGUGAAAGAGGAUACGAGAGGCCUUUCUGCCAUAUACGUAAUCGUACUGACCUUAUGGGCAAGCCAAAUUUAUUAACACUGCUGGUAGCCUGCAUGAUCCUUUUCAUGCUGACCAUCGUCGCCGUGACCGUUUGCCUUGUGGUCAAGUGGCGCCAGAUCAACAAGGUGGUCAAGCCGAAAUCACCCAUACCGCCUUUUCAACAGACUGUUGUAUGAUAUUGUUCACCUAUUGUUGCCUCCAUAAAUAACACCAUUGAUACAGAGUGUGUGUCUUGUUUUUUUUAAGUUAAUAAUUCUUGCUUGAUGCUUGAACUGAAGCAAACUGUCGUAAGUAGGUCAAGAAAGGUCCCACAAAAUUAUUGUACCCAAUCGUUAUGUUACAUAGCCCA